UCCCCCGCCCCGCGGCGGCCGCGGCGGCUCGGCGCUCGGCGAACAUGGCGGCGGCGGCGGUCGGGCGGGACACUUUACCUGAGCACUGGUCCUACGGCGUGUGCCGGGACGGCCGCGUCUUCUUCAUAAAUGACGAGCUCCGCCGCACAACCUGGCUGCACCCGCGCACCGGGGAGCCAGUCAACUCCGGCCACAUGAUCCGCUCAGACCUGCCCCGCGGCUGGGAGGAGGGCUUCACGGAGGAGGGAGCCAGCUACUUCAUCGACCAUAACCAACAGACCACAGCAUUCAGGCAUCCUGUGAGUGGGCAGUUUUCACCAGAAAAUAGCGAAUUUAUUCUUCAAGAAGAGCCACAUCCACAUAUGUCAAAGCAAGAGAGAAACCAAAGGCCGUCCAGCAUGGUCAGUGAGACGUCCACAGCUGGAACCACGUCCACCGUGGAGGCCAAGCCUGGUCCCAAGAUCAUGAAGUCCAGCAAUAAAGUCCACAGCUUUGGGAAGAGGGACCAGGCCAUUCGGAGGAACCCCAAUGUUCCGGUGGUGGUGAGGGGAUGGCUGCACAAGCAGGACAGUUCUGGAAUGAGACUAUGGAAAAGGAGGUGGUUUGUGCUGGCUGAUUAUUGCUUGUUUUACUAUAAAGACAGCCGAGAAGAAGCGGUCCUUGGGAGCAUACCUCUGCCCAGCUAUGUGAUUUCGCCUGUAGCCCCUGAGGACCGCAUAAGUCGCAAGUAUUCCUUUAAGGCUGUGCACACGGGCAUGCGAGCACUCAUCUACAACAGCUCCGCGGGGGGCUCUCAGGCUGAGCAGUCGGGCAUGAGGACCUACUACUUCAGUGCAGACACCCAGGAGGACAUGAAUGCGUGGGUCCGGGCCAUGAACCAGGCCGCACAGGUGCUGUCUCGAUCAUCGCUGAAGAGGGACGUGGAGAAGGUAGAGCGGCAGGCGGUCCCCCAAGCCAACCACACAGAGUCCUGUCGAGAGUGUGGCCGCGUGGGACCUGGACAUGCGAGGGAUUGUCCUCAUCGAAGUCAUGAGGAUUCCUUUGGCUUUGAGAGGCGGGAGCAAGAGGAAGAACGGUACCGUUCCCAGAGGGACCCACUGGAGAGCACGCGGGACAGGAGCAAGGCCAGGUCCCCGUACUCGCCGGCUGAGGAGGAUGCCUUGUUCGUGGACUUACCUGGUGGUCUGAGAGGCCAGCAAGCACAGCCCCAGCGGGCAGAGAAGAACGGGGUGCUGCCCGGCAUGUAUGGCCCAGGAGAGCAGAAUGGGACCGGCGGGUAUCAACGGGCCUUUCCUCCCAGCAACAACACUGAAAAGCACAGCCAGAGGAAGAGCAGCCUGGCCCAGGUGGAGCACUGGGCAAAAGCCCAGAAGGGGGACGGCAGGAGCCUGCCCCUGGACCAGACCCUUCCUCGCCAGGGUCCCAGCCAGUCACUGUCCUUCCCAGAAAAUUACCAGACUCUGCCUAAGAGCUCCCGAUAUCCCUCAGGGGGCUCUUCGCCCCCUCCCCGCGACCUGCCCAGUGACUAUAAGUAUGCGCAGGACCGAGCCAGUCACCUGAAGAUGUCGAGCGAAGAGCGCCGGGCGCACCGGGACGGCACGGUGUGGCAGCUCUACGAGUGGCAGCAACGGCAGCAGUUCCGGCAUGGCAGCCCCACGGCGCCCAUCUGCACCGGCUCCCCAGACUUCACCGACCAGGGCCGGAGCAGAAGCAUGCUGGAGGUGCCUCGCUCCAUCUCUGUGCCUCCAUCUCCCUCCGACAUCCCUCCUCCGGGCCCUCCGAGGGUUUUCCCACCCCGGCGGCCACACACGCCAGCGGAGAGGGUCACCGUGAAGCCCCCGGACCAGCGGAGGAGCGUGGACAUCUCCCUGGGGGGCUCUCCCAGGAAGGCACGGGGCCACGCCACCAAGAACUCCUCUCACGUGGACCGCCGCUCCAUGCCCUCCAUGGGCUACGUGACCCACACGGUCAGCGCUCCCAGUCUCCAUGGAAAAUCGCUGGAGGAGCUCUCGAGGCUUCUCACCCGCUUACGGCGGCACCAGGCGCGGCUGGCCAGCGUGCGCAAUCUCGCCGUCGGCCAGUUACUGCAGCACCAGCUGACAUGGCCCGCCUGCCAGGCUGAUGAUACCUACCUCCAGCUGAAGAAGGACCUGGAGUACUUGGACCUAAAGAUGACGGGCCGGGACCUGGUCAAGGAUCGGAGUCUGAAGCCAGUGAAGAUCGCGGAGAGUGACAUUGACGUCAAACUGAGCAUCUUCUGUGAACAAGACAGGAUCCUCCAGGACUUGGAAGACAAGAUCCGAGCCCUCAAGGAGAACAAAGACCAGCUGGAGUCCGUGCUGGAGGUUUUGCACAGACAGAUGGAGCAGUACCGAGACCAGCCUCAGCACCUGGAGAAGAUUGCUCACCAGCAGAGGUUGCUGCAGGAGGACCUUGUCCACAUCCGGGCAGAGAUCUCCAGAGAGUCCACUGAGAUGGACAAUGCCUGGAACGAGUACCUGAAGUUAGAGAGUGAUGUGCAGCAGCUGAAGCAGACCCUGCAGGAACAACACAGAAGGGCCUUUUUUUUCCAGGAGAAAUCGCAGAUACAGAAGGAUCUCUGGAGGAUUGAAGAUGUCAUCGCAGGCCUGAGUGCAAAUAAAGAGAACUUUAGAAUCCUGGUGGAAUCGGUCAAAAAUCCAGAGAGAAAAACGGUGCCUUUGUUUCCUCACCCGCCUGUGCCUUCACUCUCAACUUCUGAGAGCAAGCCGCCCCCACAGCUCAGCCCUCCUACCAGCCCCGUGCGGACCCCUCUGGAGGUCCGACUCUUCCCCCAGCUGCAAACCUAUGUGCCGUACCGACCUCAUCCACCCCAGCUGAGGAAAGUGACGUCCCCUCUUCAGUCACCAACCAAGGCAAAGCCCAAAGUUGAAGACGAGGCACCUCCCAGACCCCCACUCCCUGAGCUCUACAGUCCAGAGGACCAGCCCCCGGCAGUGCCACCUCUGCCAAAGGAGGCCACUAUCAUUCGGCACACGUCAGUGCGGGGUCUGAAACGGCAGUCAGAUGAGAGAAAGCGAGACCGGGAGCAGGGGCAGUGUGUGAAUGGGGACUCAAGGGUGGAGCUCCGGUCAUACGUUAGUGAGCCUGAGCUGGCGACUUUCAGUGGGGACAUGGCCCAGCCCUCCCUGGGACUAGUGGGCCCUGACAGCAGGUACCAGACACUGCCAGGCAGAGGGCUCUCAGGGUCCACGUCAAGGCUCCAGCAGUCAUCCACCAUUGCUCCCUACGUCACGCUCCGGAGGGGUCUAAAUGCCGAAAGCAGCAAGGUGACCUUCCCUAGACCCAAGAGUGCCUUGGAGCGCCUGUACUCAGGGGAUCACCAGCGGGGUCAGAUGAGCGCGGAGGAGCAGCUGGAGCGCAUGAAGCGGCACCAGAAGGCCCUGGUCCGGGAGCGCAAGAGGACACUGAGCCAAGGAGAGAGGACGGGUCUGCCCUCGUCCCGCUACCUCAGCCAGCCUCUCCCUGGAGACCGCGGCUCAUGGAAGCGCGAGCAGGACUUUGACCUGCAGUUGCUGGAACGGGCCAUGCAAGGGGAGAGAAAGGACAAGGAGGAAAAUGGCUGGUUGAAAGUGCAGGCCAUGCCUGUCACUGAGUUGGACCUGGAACCUCAAGAUUAUGACUUGGACAUCAGCAGAGAGCUGGCCAAACCAGAGAAGGUCUCCAUCCCUGAGCGUUACGUGGAGCUGGACCCUGAGGAGCCGCCCAGCCUUGAGGAGCUGCAGGCGCGGUAUCGCAAAGCUGAGAAGAUCCGCAACAUCCUUGCUCGUUCCAGCAUGUGCAACCUGCAGCCGCCAUCGGGCCAGGAUCGGAACAGCGCGGCUGACCUGGACUUGCAGCUGCAGGAGCAGGAACGCAUCAUCAACAUCUCCUACGCGCUGGCCUCCGAGGCCUCCCAGCGCAGCAAGCAGGUGGCAGCGCAGCAGCUGGCCCUCUUCCCGCCUAACGCCCCCCUGUCCUCCAGGACGGUGCCACCCUACCCCCCCUUAAGCAACGGACUCCACUACACCUUUGUCUAACACCUUCCAACCCAGGCAGUGACUGACCCAUGACCCAACGUGCAAAGGAGAAGUCUGGAGCUGGGGACCCCGUGGAACCAGUUUCGUCCAAGAAGAUUGAUCUUCCUUCCCCCAAGGAAACCCCCUUCCAGCUCAGCAGGGGUUCCGGCUGGAAGAAGGAGUGGUCCACCAACUGUGGGGAGUUCAGCAUAGGGCUAGGUCCUAACAACCCUCCCCCCAACUUGUUUUAGUUCAGACUCCUUUUUACAUAUGACAAAGGCACUUUUGAUACACACUGUAAAAUACUGACGCUGUAUUUUAGACUCAGAAUAUAUUUUAUAAUGUUCAUCUCAAGGGCUGAGUGGCUGGAAAGGGGAGGAUGCAGGAUUUUGGAGCUGCACCUACAGAUUCAGGUACCAUGUGCGUGGUAGAUGUGGGCUGGGGAGAAGGGCAGGGCAGGCAGGAGCCAGUCCAACAUCCAUGAACUCAGGUGAAGCUUGGAUUUGACAUGUGCUUCCAGGGGGGCCCAGCAUUGGGCUUGUUGGCAUACUAUCUGGGGGAAGAGGGCUCCUUAGCUGCAGAGGUUAGCUGUCCCUGACCUGGCCAGAUGACUGACUCUGGAGAGGGAAACUCCAACAGGCUGCCAUGUGGAGCCCAAGUCUGUGCCUUGGCCCUUGGGUUUCGUUUAGGGGCAGUAGUAUAUUCAAGAGGUUUGGCUCCCAACCUGUUCAUGAGGCUCUCUCAGCAAAGGGCUCUCUUAGGAAAAACAGAACAGUUGGCUUUAAUUAAAAAAAAAAAAAAAAAAAAAAAAAAAAAUAUAUAUAUAUAUAUAUAUAUAUAUAUAUAUAUAUAUAUAUGCCCUUUGAAAUACAGAAAAGGUGAGGGGAAGCACCUUUUAUUGUAUCAUAAGCAAUAAACUUCACACUGGGUGGUGUUUCCCUAAAACGCCCUGACUCCACACUAGGCUGUGACAGGACUUUGCUGUCUGCCCCGGAGAACCUAGGUCAGUUUCCCCGUGAUAUGGGCCUUGUGGCCAGAGGUCAGGCCAUGUGCCCCCAGCAUCCCUGAUGGAUGGCGGCAGGAUUUGGACUUGACUUCCAGUCUCAAGUGAGGAGGGGGCUGCCAAGCCAGGAGCAGUGUUUGUGGCCCUUUAUUUAAGUCAUGAGCUCAUGAUAUUUUGCAUACAGAAAAUGAUGUUUUAAGGAAAACAAAAAACAAAAAACAAAACCUCCAUUGGGUAGGGCCACACUUUAAAUGAAAAUUUGUCUUUGACUAUGGUCGGAAAAAAAAAAAUCUUAACUAUAUUUAGAAAUUGCUGUCUAUUUUUAACUAACUCCAUAUGCUGCCAGUAUCAACUUCAUGACAUUUGCCAAAAUAAGAUUUUAUUUUUGCCUUUAUAAGAUUUUGUUGGAAAAAUGAAAUGAAUAUUUUGCAAGAAAAAGUUAAUUUAAAUAAAAGUGUAAUGGUUUGCAAAAAAAAAAUGUGAUGUACAGAUUAAAAUAUUAACCUGA